UGAAUGAUAUUGCCAGUCUUGGCAUGCAGUUACCACCUCUCUCUCCCUCACUCUCUCUCUCCCUUAAAACACUCAACAAAUCGCCGCAAUAUAUCUCGCCCGUUGCUGCCAGGUUCAGUUCGUUCAAACCAAACCUACGCGCCUCUCUCUCGAUCGAUCGAUCGAUCGCCGGGGCGGCGCGCGCGUUGCGACGAGAUGGUGUCCGCGGCGGACGCGGUGAUACCGGCGUGCGCGGCGGUCGGCAUCGCGUUCGCGGUCUGGCAGUGGCUCCUCGUGUCGAGGGUGAAGGUGUCCCCUUACUCCGCCGCCGCGGCGGCCGCCCGGAACGGCGGCGCCGGGCGGGCCGUGUUCCGGCCGGAGGGCGAGGUCGACGACGACGACGGCGGGUGCGGGGACGACGAGGAGGCCGACGGCGACGGCGGCGUGGCCGCGAUGGCGAGGUGCGCGGAGAUCCAAAGCGCCAUUCGGGUUGGAGCAAACUCGUUCUUGUUCACGCAAUACAAGUACCUGGCCGCCUUCACGGCGGUCUUCGCCGUGGUCAUCUUCCUCUUCCUGGGGUCCGUACACCGGUUCAGCACCGAAAGCCAGCCCUGCCAGUACACCAGAGGCAAGGCCUGCAAGCCGGCGCUGGCCAACGCCGUGUUCAGCACCAUAGCCUUCCUCCUCGGCGCCGCCACCUCCGUCGCGUCGGGCUUCCUCGGCAUGCGGAUCGCCACGGCCGCGAACGCGAGGACCACGGUAGAGGCGAGGAGGGGCAUCGGCCCGGCGUUCGCCGCCGCGUUCCGGUCCGGCGCCGUCAUGGGGUUCCUCCUGGCGUCCCUGGGCCUCCUGGUGCUCUACGUCGCCAUCAAGGUGUUUGGUCUCUACUAUGGCGAUGACUGGGAAGGGCUGUACGAGUCGAUCACCGGCUAUGGGCUCGGUGGAUCGUCCAUGGCGCUGUUUGGGAGGGUUGGUGGUGGGAUUUACACCAAGGCCGCGGAUGUCGGCGCCGAUCUUGUCGGCAAGGUUGAGAGGAACAUCCCUGAGGAUGACCCGAGAAACCCCGCGGUGAUCGCUGACAAUGUGGGUGACAACGUCGGCGACAUUGCCGGGAUGGGCUCCGACCUGUUCGGCUCCUACGCCGAGUCCACCUGCGCGGCGCUGUUCGUCGGGUCCAUCUCGUCGUUCGGCGCUGACCACAACUUCGCGGCAGUGUCGUACCCUCUGCUGAUAAGCUCGGCCGGCCUCAUUGUCUGCCUGAUCACCACGCUCUUCGCCACUGACCUCUACAGGGUCAAGACCGUCGACGGCGUCGCGCCGGCGCUGAAGCUGCAGCUGCUCAUCUCCACCGUGCUGAUGACCGUCGGCGUCCUCGUCGUCACCUUCACAGCCCUCCCCCACGAGUUCACCAUGUUCGACUUUGGAGAGGUGAAGCGAGUCAAGAACUGGCAUCUGUUCUUCUGCGUCACAAUCGGGCUUUGGGCAGGUCUCGCGAUCGGGUUCACCACCGAGUACUUCACCAGCAAUGCUUACAGUCCGGUGAGGGACGUCGCCGACUCCUGCAGGACCGGAGCGGCGACGAACGUCAUCUUCGGGCUCGCCCUCGGGUACAAGUCCGUCAUCGUGCCAGUGUUCGCCAUCGCCGUGUCCAUCUACGUCAGCUUCACGCUUGCCUCCAUCUACGGCAUUGCUGUCGCUGCGCUGGGAAUGCUCAGCACGGUCGCCACCGGGCUCGCCAUCGACGCCUACGGGCCGAUCAGCGACAACGCCGGUGGGAUCGCGGAGAUGGCCGGCAUGAGCCACCGGAUCCGGCAAAGAACCGACGCCCUCGACGCCGCCGGUAACACCACCGCCGCAAUCGGCAAGGGAUUCGCCAUCGGAUCGGCAGCGCUGGUGUCGCUGGCGCUGUUCGGCGCGUUCGUGAGCCGGGCGGGGAUGGCGGUGAUCAACGUGCUGAGCCCCAAGGUGUUCGUGGGGCUCGUCGUGGGGGCGAUGCUGCCCUACUGGUUCUCGGCGAUGACGAUGAAGAGCGUCGGCAGCGCGGCGCUGAAGAUGGUGGAGGAGGUGCGGCGGCAGUUCGCCGCCAUCCCGGGGCUGAUGGAGGGGCGCGCCACGCCGGACUACGCCAGCUGCGUCAGGAUCUCCACCGACGCGUCGCUCAGGGAGAUGAUGCCCCCCGGGGCGCUGGUGCUGCUCGCGCCGCUGGUCGCCGGCACCUUCUUCGGCGUCCAGACGCUCGCCGGCCUCCUCGCCGGCGCGCUCGUUUCCGGCGUGCAGGUUGCCAUAUCUGCUUCCAACAGUGGGGGAGCCUGGGACAAUGCCAAGAAAUAUAUCGAGGCAGGUGCAUCCGACCAUGCAAAGGCACUUGGUCCCAAGGGUUCGGACGCUCACAAGGCGGCGGUGAUCGGCGAUACCAUUGGCGACCCGCUCAAGGACACAUCCGGGCCGUCGCUCAACAUCUUGAUCAAGCUCAUGGCCGUCGAAUCUCUCGUCUUCGCGCCAUUCUUUGCCGCCCAUGGAGGAUUGAUAUUCAAGUGAACGAAGAGCAAGCUGAAGCACAAUCACACACAGCAUACGCACGUCUGUAUGGUCAUAGAGAACAAUGUUGCGUGACAAUCGCACGGAGUAAACAAUCAUUUUGAUUAUCUGUAUUUAUUCAGGCUAGCACCUGAGAGUUCCAUGCCAAACACAAAAAUACAAAACAACAAACAAGGAAAGAAACGAAACGAAACAUAAACAAAUUAAAGAGCAAGGAAUGGCAAAGGUGUACCUUGUAAGAACAGUUCAGAACUCACAAGACAGCGUGAAUCUUCCGAAGAGGAAUCGGGACCAUUAGGAAUGGAAUCUAGCAAAGGAAGAUGAACUGUAAAUUGGUAACCGACAAAGCAGGUGCAACAGGCAAUGAGAACCCCCACCGAAUUACUGUAAGAAAACUAGAAACCAGUUCUCCAGAUACUCGAGAUACUCGCAUCUUUAGUGCUGUCACUAUAGCAUCCGUGCCGAGCACAGUAUUAGAAGCAUAAGCAAAACAAUGUAGCCAUUGGCCAGAUUCAAGAUAUGGUUGUUGAUUUGAGUUGAAAAACAUAUGAACAUCCAAGACAAAGUAUACCCUGCAAAACUAUGAAUAAACGAAUUACAAUUGUGUAUGAUACCGAUACGAGGGCACAAACUGCUGCAAAAUGGUGCUCAAUUAAAAAAGAAAAACUAUUCCUUCCUAUUUGUUUUACAACAGUCACAUCUCAGCCAAUGACACUAGAAAGAAAUAAUGGAGAAGAGCACAUAUUCACUGCUUCUCCAGAAGCUCAUAUUUAUAGAAAUAAUUAUGCAUCAUCAGGAGCGUGGCUCGUGUCAAUGCUGAACCGAAGGGCAUGCCAACUCUCAGUUGUUCAGAUCUAAUCCUUGCGGACAGUUAACUUUACAGGCUCACAAAUGGUUGCUGCAAUUUCACGCAACAUAUACAGGUAAGAGCGAUCUACAUCACCUUGAACCAUUUGCAUCAGGUUUGAGAUUACUCUAUUUGGCCUUCUCUGGAGCAAUGUUUUUGGCCUUCUCUGAAGCGGAACACAUCGUGGUUCCUUCUUGUUGGCAAGCAUUGAUGGUUUGGGUUA